AUGCUGCUCCGCUUUUGAGUCGUCGCGUUGUGCUGGCCGAUUUUGGGUGACGAUGUCGAAAAAUGGGAUGGGUUUCGCCGUACAGCGGUGUCUAGGAAGUCUUCAUGCGUGUGUUCAGCAUUUCGGAGUGUUGGCUUUUGUUUGUGUCGUGCCUUACAUAGGCUGUCUUGUGGCCCAAGCCGAAUUUAGUACACCCCUCCUCCGCAUUCCCUGGCACCAGGGCUAAGACGCUCGCGCUGCCAAUUAUGUCCUCCUCGCCAUCGCCAUCGCCAUCGCCACCACCACCAUCACAACAGCAACGACAACGAGUCAAUACCUCAGGAAGGCAAUCCAUGCCGGGCGGUGAUCCCUUCCAAUCCCCUUCCACCCCAUCCUUCAAUCUCUUCGAUAAUGACCCAAGAUCUUCACCUGCUGUUCGAGGGAGUUUUUUGGGGGACGCACCUUUAUUAUCAAGUAAACACGGGCCCUCUGCAGCUGCACAGAUCCCGCAUCAUUCAAGUCAAAUUAAUGUCCAAUCACCUCUUUCCUCACCCACAAACACCGUUCGCUCCUCACCAAGCAUAAAUUCCAGCAUCCAACCCAACAUCUCUACACCCCGACGAAGGGCAGCAGCUCCAGGUAGCGGUUCUUCAUCUAUCUUCGCAACACCCUCGUCACUUUCGCAUAUCCGUUCCGACCACGCCAUUCUCACUGCAUUUGACCCGGCUGAUAAAGAGUUGUACAAUUUAUGGGCUCCCAAAGUUUAAUUAUAGUUACAAUUGGCAUGAGGGCGAUCUGGCUUGUGUGGAAACCGGCUAUUCAUC